UCCAGUCAUGUUUCAGAAUUUAUGACAAAUAGUAGCAUCCAUGGACUCAAAUACUUGGUUGGAAAAGAGAGAACUUUAAUCGAAAAAAGUUUAUGGCUUGCAGUGUUGUCAGUAUCAAUCUACACAUGUUCGCUUUUGAUUAAAUCGGCUUGGCAAAAGUGGGAGGAGUGUCCAGUCGUAGUGGGUUUUGGCCAAACACCUGUACGGAUGUGGGAAAUACCAUUCCCAGCGGUUACCAUUUGUUCUGAGUAUGAAUAUAACAGAGAAUCAAACGUCACGGUUAAGUACCUCGUGCGCAAAAAAGGUUGGCAAGUGGGAAAAAUGUCAGUUUAUUGCGACAGCGAAGCGAACGGUAUUUAUCCCCAUGAGACUGUAUUUGAAGCGGCCGAUUAUUACGAAGGACCCGAAUGGGAGGAAUUUUUGGUUGGGACAGCCUUACUGUCUGAACAAAUAUUUGCGUUUUGUCAAUGGGGCUGGAAAUACAGCUGCGCAGACAUUUUUUUUCCGGUGAUAACAGAACACGGAAUUUGUUUUUCUUUCAAUAUGUUGGACAAAAAUGACCUUUUUCGUGACACUAGCUAUAUAGCAGAUGCACUUGGAAAUCAGGAUGACAUUUCUCACUGGACGUUUGACAAAAAUUACGACGAAACUAACGACGACGUUUAUCCCAGAAGGUCUGAAACCAUCAGCGAGAAAUUAGAAGUGGGUUUAAAAUCUUAUUUGGAAAAAGUGGCAUGUUUGGGAUUUGACAAAUUUUUCAUGAUGAUACAUCACCCUGCGGACACUCCGUCCAUGCGACGAGCAUUCGAACUAGAAACCAACAAAUCUCACGAAAUAUUGAUCACUCCACAAGUAGUUGUUAGUUCCGAGAACUUAAGAUCUUACUCACCCCAAAGAAAAAAGUGCUAUUUUCCUGAAGACCGUUACUUAUAUUUUUACAAAAUUUACACUGUGGAAAAUUGUAAAAGAGAAUGUCUUGCUAACUACACACUAAGUAAAUGUGGAUGCGUUCCGUACUACUUACCACGUAACUACAUUUUUUAUUAA